AUGGCUUCAGAUCCAACGACCGACACUGCGUCCCCUGCCGAUGGCCUAACACCUUCCCACACCUAUGUCCCUAACAAAGGGUAUGCGAACCCUGAUGGCACAGUCCCCGCUAUGGCGGGGCAAGACCUGACACCGAACGACGAAGAUAACGAUGAAGACGAAGACUAUUAUGACGAUAUUUUUGAGGAGGAGUUAGACGAGGCUGAUUUCAAUUCAUCAAACCCUGCAGAUCUCACAAAAGCCUACAAUCGUCAACGCAAAGUAAACGAACUCGCCGCCGACCCCAACGCUCCUAAAUGGACAUACCCGAAGACGAACACGCAGAAGCCUACUGUCAAUACGUAUGCAUCCGUCGACGACGAGAUAAAGUCGUUGACUCGUCAUGCUGGCAAGAUCAAGCUCGAUGAUAUGCAGUCCGGGUUGGCUGUGCGUGGGGAGCGUGGCGCCGACAAGGCGGACAGAGCUACCUCAGAGCAGGUAUUAGAUCCCCGGACUCGCAUGAUUCUUCUGCAAAUGAUCAACCGCAAUGUCGUCUCCGAGAUCCACGGAUGUCUCUCAACCGGUAAAGAAGCCAACGUAUAUCACUCGAUGCUACAACCAGAGGAUUUCGAUGCCGCUCCGAUACACCGUGCGAUCAAGGUAUAUAAGACAAGCAUUUUGGUCUUCAAGGACAGAGACAAGUACGUCACGGGAGAAUACAGAUUCCGUCAGGGUUACAACAAGAGCAACAAUCGAGCGAUGGUUAAAAUGUGGGCCGAAAAGGAAAUGCGCAACCUGCGAAGAAUAUACGCCGCUGGCAUCCCUUGUCCUGAGCCGAUCAGCCUGCGGCUCCACGUUCUGGUUAUGGGCUUUGUCGGAAACUCCAAGGGCAUAGCCGCCCCGCGGUUGAAGGAUGUUGAGUUCAGCAUUCCUGAACCCGAAACCAGGUGGCGUGAGCUCUACAUUGACAUGCUAGGCUACAUGCGUGUAAUGUAUCAAACCUGCCACCUAGUACACGCAGAUCUUAGCGAGUACAACACCCUUUACCACAACAAUAAGCUAUACGUCAUCGAUGUCAGUCAGAGUGUGGAGCACGACCACCCGCGGAGUUUUGAAUUCCUGCGCAUGGACAUCAAGAAUGUUGGCGAUUUCUUCCGUAGAAAAGGCGUUGAGACCCUUGCCGAGAAAGUUGUUUUCGAGUUUAUCAUUGCUCCUACCGGCCCAGCUACGGUAUCGGAAGAGCUGAACGAGGCUGUGGAGAAGCUUUUUACUAUUGAAACUGAGGCAGGCGAUGAAGUUGAUACUGCCGUCUUCCGUCAACAGUAUAUUCCUCAGACCUUGGAGCAAGUCUAUGAUUUCGAACGUGACGCGGAGAAGGUUCAAGCCGGUGAAGGUGGCGACCUUGUAUACCGAGACCUUCUUGCCCGCGAGAAACAACCAGCGGGAGCCGAAGAUGAAGACUCGGGUUCGGAUGUCAGCGGAGGCGUUUCAGUUGGUGGUUCUGACUCCGAGGACGACGAAGAGAAGGAUCCGUUCGAAAAGAAGGCUCCCCGGGGAAAGCGAUUUGAGGAUAAAGACUCCAAGAAGGAGCAUAAGAACAAGGUCAAGGAAGAGAAGCGCGAAAAGAGGGCUAACAAGAUGCCGAAGAAUAUGAAAAAGCGCUUGGUCUCGUCCUCCUCCAGAAAGCACAAGUGA